AUGUCCUUGUCUCGCGUCGUUCUGUCCCCGGUGCAGUUCCGCUGUCCUCUGUGUCGGGGAGUCUUCUCGGAGCCCGUGUCCAUCCCGUGUGGACACAGCUUCUGCUUCAGCUGCAUCACGUCUCACUGGGACCAGAGCACACGAGUGUCCUGUCCGAAGUGUCACACAGUGUUUCCCACCCGGCCCCAGCUGUGUGAGAACGCCUUCGCCAAAGACAUGUGCACCCAGAUAAAGGCCAAGAGUCUCCCCCCGCAGGCUGAGAGGGUGUACUGCGAUGUGUGUGUGGGCGACAGGACACAGGCGGUCCGGUCCUGUCUCGUGUGCCUGGCCUCGUAUUGCCAGACCCACCUGGAGCCUCACAGCCGGGUGCCCACGCUGCGCACACACACCCUGGUCGCUCCAGUGGGGGCGCUGGAGAGCCGCCUGUGCAAGCGUCACCAGCGCGUCCUGGAGCUGUUCUGCCGGAGCGAGGGCAGCUGUGUGUGCGUACUGUGUGCAGAGGCGGGGCAUCAGGGGCACGUCAUGGUGCCUGUGGAGCGGCAGAGUCAGCUCGUCAAGGCUCAGAUGGAACACAGAGAGGAGCAGCUCCAGCAGAUGAUUCAGGAGAGACUGCAGAGAGUGGACAACAUUUCACACAACAUCAGCCUGAGCAGAGAGCAGACCAGGCUGGACUUGCAGCAGAGCAAACAGAUCUUCUCCUCUCUGAUGGUCCACCUGAAGAAGGUCCAGGAGGAGGUGGUGGAGCAGAUCCAGAGGACUCAGGAGCAGGCCGAGCACAGGGCCCAGAGCCUGGUCUCCCAGUUGCAGCAGGAGGUCAAAGAGCUGCGGAGGAGCAGGCACGAGCUGGAGCAGCUCAGGCAGUCACAGGACCAUCUCCAUCUGGUCCAGAGCUUCUCCUCCCUGACCCUCCCAACCCCCACACUCUCACGCUCUGUGCCCGUCCACGCUGACCCCUGCCUGGGCACACUGAGGAGUGCUGUGGCCCGUCUGGAGCUGGAGGUGCAGAAGACCCUCAAACUGCUGUGUGACCAGGAGUUGGAGCGGAUGCAGAAGUACACAGUGGACGUGACCUUUGACCCGCACACAGCUAACCCGUGGUUGGUGCUGUCUGAGGACCGCAGACGUGUGUGGGACGGGAACCAGGAGCAGGUCUUGGAGCAGAGAGCAGAGCGCUUCGACACUGCCCCCUGUGUGCUGGGGGACAAGGGCUUCACCAGCGGGAGGCACUACUGGGAGGUGGAGGUGGGGGGUAAGACGGCGUGGGACGUGGGCGUGGCUCGAGGGUCGGUCAGCAGGAGGGGCGUGGUCACCCUGAGCCCGAGCGACGGCUAUUGGACGGUGUGUCUGCGGCGGGGCGGGGAGUACAGGGCGUGUGCGGAGGAGGCGGUGCUGCUCCCCGUGUGCCCCCCGCUCCCCCAGGUCCUCGCCCUGUUUGUGGACCACGAGGAGGGACGCGUCUCCUUCUACGACGUCGAGGCCGGAUUGCACCUGUAUUCAUACACGGGCUUCACUUUCACUGAGGCUCUGUUCCCGUUCUUCAACCCAGAGACGAUCAGCAGCGGAGGAGACAACUCUGCUCCUCUGGUCAUACGCGCCACCAGGGACACGGCGGAGAUCGAUAAUGUGAUGAUUUAAAGCAGGACUAUUCAGUAAAAUGGACUUUUCAGAGCUUUUAACCAUGUUUUUAACCAUGUUCUAGUUGUCUCACUGACCCUCUGAAGUUGUAUUUGGAGUGAUUCGUGCAUGUUUGAGUCACCUUUAAUCGCUUAUUUUUCAAGACAUGUCCACUGUGACAUACUUUCUGUUUUUUAAUGCUGAAUUCAGUGCAUUUGUUUCUUUUAUUAAGUUGUUUUAGAUGAAUAUUGUGACUUAAAAUUAUAUAGCAGACACAAGCACAACGGGUCACUAAGUGCUAAUAGAUGCAUCAGGAAUUUCGGACUUUCGGUCAUUGCUCAAUGCAUACUGAGAAGGAUUUUCCAAAAAAGUGAGCAUUAAAAUGCCAUGUUUGUUUUCCCAGUGGGAUGUGUCUAUUGACAAAGUCAGUCUUUUCUAGUCUUUUGAACCAUAUCACUUUUGUUUCUGGUUCUGGUCAUAUUUUAGUUUUGGGAUUCGGACAUCGGAACUGUGUAGUUGUUGGAUGUCCUCACAGUGGAAAACGGAUCGAGAAAUUUGUUUGUGAACUUCAUAACUGCAAAAGGGAAUCAAGUCUGUGUGACUGCAAACCUCUGUUCAAACUGUUUCUCUUCCCAACGGAAUUGAAAAAUAGUGAAAGGUGAAGGUGAUGGGCAGGAUUGAUCCACAGGAAGGAUCAAAAAGGAAAUCUUUGGCUGCCUAAAUCAUCCCGAGUUUGCAGUGAACAUUUUGUAUGUGGAGCGGCAACAAAGUAAAACCCUGAUUUCUCGCUCCACUUUGGUUACGAAUUUAAAAAGCGAAAGGCACCAACUGUUCGCCAAGAAACACCUUCCACUGUAAAGAGACCAAGACGUGAUGUUGCUGUAAAACCACAAGAACAAGAAAGUGCAGCUCAGUCUGUUUGUCUUCUGUACCUCUCGCUGAUCAAACAGGAUCCCACUUUGAUGGUGCUUGUGAUACUGAUUCACCCUACCUCGGUACAGGGGCAGGGUGAAUCAAAACAAUGUUCCCAUUUAAAUGCUUUUCAGUAAGGACCCGAACUAGUUAUAUGAAACUUAGUAGCAAUUUUGUAUGGACAACACACAGCAUUACUUACUUAAAAUAAAAAAGAAACUGUGCUAUCAUUAGCCUGUUACAGGCUGAAAAAUAACUUCUAACCCCGGUGUGCCCUACUUUUGAUUUGAUAGUUUUAAGAUUAUUGUCAUUCUAAUUGUGUGUAUGUACACAGAACACUGUUGUCAAAGACACUCUCAUCUGCUCUUUCUGUUUAAA